AUGACGGAGACCGGCGCGACGUCCCAGGGGUCAUCGGACAAGGGCGCCGAAAUCUUCACCUACAACGCGUCGGCGACGCUGUACGCCAUGAACUGGAGCAUCCGCAAGGACAAGCACUUCCGCCUGGCGCUGGGCUCCUUCCAGGAGGCCACCAACAACUUCCUGGAGGUCAUCCAGCUGAACGAGGACACCGGCCAGUUCGUUUGCCACCCCGGCCACAGGGUGGAGUUGGGCUACCCGGCGACCAAGGUCAUGUUCACGCCCGACAGGGAGGGCACCCUGUCGGACCUGGUGGCCAGCGCGGGCGAGUCGCUGCGCCUGUGGCGCGUGGGCGAGGCCGGUCUGCAGCUCGAGGCCACGCUGUCCAACGCCAAGAACCCGGAGUAUUGCGAGCCGCUGACGUCGUUCGACUGGAACGACCAGAUGCCCAGUCGCCUGGGCACGGCGUCCAUUGACACGACGUGCACCAUCUGGGACGUGGAGCGGCGCGUGGUGGACAAGCAGCUCAUCGCGCACGACAGGGAGGUGUACGACAUCGCGUGGGGUGGGCGGGGGGUGUUCGCCACCGUCUCUGCGGACGGCUCAGUGCGCGUCUUCGACCUGAGGGACACGGAGCGGUCCACGAUCAUCUUCGAGAGCCCCAAGCCGGACACGCCGCUCGUGCGCCUCAGCUGGAACAAGCAGGACCCGCGCUACCUGGCGACGGUCAUCAAGGACUCGCCCAAGGUGGUGGUGCUGGACAUUCGGUACCCCACGCAGCCGGUGGUGGAGCUGGACCGCCACCAGGCGCCCGUCAACGCGGUCACGUGGGCGCCACACAGCUCCUGCCACAUGUGCACCGCCGGGGACGACGCACAGGCCCUCAUUUGGGACCUGUCCGCCAUCGGCAAGCCCAUGGAGAGGAGCCUGGACCCCAUUCUGUCCUACAGUGCGGGUGCGGAGGUCAUGCAGCUGCAGUGGUCCACCACGCGACCGGACUGGAUCGCUAUAUGCUUCGGCCACAAGGCGCAGAUACUCAGGGUGUGA